AUGGAAAUCAAAAUCGAAAUAGAGACCGUGAAAGAUCAUUCGAUCAAGGACGAGGUCGUGACACGCGAGGAAGAGGACAAGGAAGAAGUUACCAGGAGGACAGAUCUCAGCCACAGUGUUACAAAUGCAAGAGAUAUGACCAUCUUAGCUACGAAUGUUGGGAGAAAUCAAAUCAAGUGGCAGAAAGAAAAGAGUGAAAGCAAGAAUAAAGAUAUCUGGUAUCUGGAUUCAGGUGCCAGUAAACACAUGUGCGACAUCAAGGAGUUUUUCACCGAGCUGAAUGAGACGGUACAAGGAGAUGUCACUUUUGGAGAUCAGUCAAAGAUUCCAGUGAAAGGCAAGAGGAAGAUAAUGAUUCAGACAAAGACGGGCGAGAACAUGUACAUCUCUGAUGUCUACUAUGUUCCAACAUUACAAAAUAAUAUUUUGAGCGUAGGCCAGCUCCUUAAAAGAGGCUAUGAUAUACAUCUAAAAGACCAUGCCCUCACUAUUAAGAACAAAAAUGAAGUUAUUGCAAAGGCAUCUCGCAUUCAGUGGCCUAAAUCUUCUGUGGAAGGAGAAGAUGGUAAAAGGAUUGUUACAAAUCAAUCAUCCGAACCAGUUAUGUGA